UAUUCCAAGAAUACCCAUUAAAUAAAUAAAAUAUAACGGAAAAGAACAACACAAACCCUAAAUAAAUGAAAGUUGAACCAAUAGCCUAUAAGUACAGACUCUCUCUUCUCCUCCGUGCCUCACCAAAAUUUCACCACAUUCUCAUAUUACUUCUCACCUGAACUCUCAAGUACUUAACAAAUAAACCGCUUUUCUAGCCAGUUACACUUCACUUCAACAAAAGCCCCAACUUAACAUUUAACUUAAGCUAGCACAAUGCACUACCAGACCGAGUCAUGGGGCUCCUACAUGCCCACAAGAACCACCAUGGGCAUGGGGGACCCGAUGGAGCGCAUAGAGCGGAUGGCGUCGGAGAGCGCGGUGGUGAUAUUCAGCAUAAGCAGCUGCUGCAUGUGCCACGCCAUUAAGCGCCUCUUCUGCGGCAUGGGCGUCAAUCCGACUGUGUACGAGCUGGACGAGGACCCCAGAGGCAAGGACUUGGAGAAGGCGUUGACGAGGUUGCUGGGGACCUCCUCCGCCGUCCCCGUCGUCUUCAUCGGUGGCAAGCUCGUUGGCGCAAUGGACAGAGUCAUGGCCUCUCAUAUCAACGGCACUCUUGUCCCUCUUCUUAAAGAGGCCGGGGCUCUCUGGCUCUGAGAUUCGUUCGACCUCUUCUGUCUUCAAAUAGUUUUUGUUGUAAGAAAGAAGAGAAAACAAAAGUAUGAAGUACUACUUAAUUACUUAAUUACAUAGGGCGGGCAGGCAGAGGACGAGGAGUGGCUUUUGUGAGUCCACCUCCGUUUUGGACACUAAUUAAUCACUAAUGUCACUUAAUUAGCUAGUUUAAUUUCUCAUCUGGGUUUCCUU